GGUGUACGAUCAGUGUCGGGCCGACCGGCAUCGUGUGUAGGUGGUGGAGCCACGUUUGUCCUGACAGUUUAUUUCCAAGUCGACCGAGUUCCACGAGACCAGACCGGAUAGUUUAAACAGCCGUAAAACGGGAUUCUGGUUGUUUCGAGGUCGGACGACAGCCGAGAAAUAGCAGAAGAACUUAGCUAUUUUUACACGCACGUGUUCCGAAAGUUUAACCAGUAUCUCCAAAGAAAACAUGUUAAAGAAGAUUUUUCCAAAGAAUUCUUCGAAAAGGAUGUUCCAGCAAUCACAGUGCGAUACAAUGAAAUAAACGAGGGGAAAAGAAAGUUUCUAAAUUAGAAAGCAAUUACACUUGAGAUACAGUAAGAAGUUACCAUAUAAAAGGAAAUGGAAGCCACUGAAUGGAAUAUCGCUGAAAGCAGUGGCGAAAAUCAUCAAAAUGAGUGCCUAAAGAAAAUAAUGAAGAUAUACGAGAAUUGAAGAGAAGAAUACAAUAAAAAAAUUAAUCAAAAGUAUUAUAGAAACAAUUAACAAGCACAAGAAGGUGGAACAAUUUAAUAUGCCCUAAAUUAAUUUAGUAAAAAGAAAAGCAAUCAUAAUUAAAUCAAGUUAUAGUAUUAAAAAGAAAUUCAUUUAAUUUAUAAGCAAUUCGUUAAACCGAUCGUUAAUAUAGAAAUAUAUAAAAUGUGCUUCGAAUCAUAUUAACUUUGCUUCGUAAUAAAAGAUACAGCAAAAAAAAAAAGGAGGUUUAAUUAAUACAGUUCAAUUAAUAUUCAAUCCUAUGUUAAGAACAAAGGAUUGUUAGUUAAAAUGAUCGUACGAAACUCAUAAAACUUCUGUACAAAGCUGUUCAUAUGACGUGACAAUGUUGCCUUUGGAAUAUCGCGAAUUCAGUGUGGUGAUGUUUUAAUUUCGUGAAACAAUUAAGCCAGUUCACAAAGGAGAAGUGGUAUCACCGGGUCGAUCAAAUUUAUAUUCCGGCUUACUCAAAGGAUCAAACGAAAUGGCAAGUCGAAUGAAGGCUUUAUACAACCAGGUAAUGUUUGAGAGACGGAUACUUCUUGGCUGUACCAUUCUUGUGGGACUAUCGGUGUGCAUAUGGGCGGUUGCCAUUGGAACCGAUCAUUGGUUCACGGUUGAAGCACCGGAUGAAACAGGUCUACCCCUUGGGGAUGCUGGCAAAGCUGGCAGGAGAUUGAUCUAUAAACAUAUGGGUCUCUGGAGAGGCUGCAUCCGGGGGGUAGCACCAGAAUCCGUAAACUCCACCGUGAUGGUUCCAUACAAGGAAUGCAAGAACCUGGACAUGUUCCCGACCGACAUGCAGAUCAAAUUAGAUCCCGGAUUGAACAGAACCGUUGUCAAUUAUUCCAGGACACAGGUGUCGUUCGCAUUGAUCAGCCUGUUCGUAAUGAUAAUGGGCUUCUCUUUCUCCAUCUAUACGUUCCGUAAUCCACGAUACAUGUUCAAACGACUGGCCGGUGGUAUACACUUCAUUAGCGGUGCUUGCAACAUGGUGGUGAUACAAGUGCUUCUAUCAUCGAUCGAAUUCGAAAGUAAAUACGUAUUCGCAACAUUUCCUAAGGGUGCGGUAAUGAGGUACGACUUCUCUUUGAUUCUCGCCUGGAUCGUGUUCCUGUGCAAUUUGCUGUCAGGACUCGCGUUCAUGGUGUUCUCCAGGAAACGCAAGAGGGACAAAGCACCCACGGAAGAGAUCGCGAUGGCCGAUGAACCGACGAUCAUCGGUCGUUGAAUUCGUUCCGGAUUUCUUUCUCAGACUUUACUGAGAAACAUGGUCGCGUGCGCGAAUGGAAAUUUAUGAUUCAGGGUAUCGUGCAUGGAUCGACGGUAAUAAAAGACGGAUACGUAGGAAUCGUACGGGAAAGAACGCGAGGAGAUAGUUGUACGAGAAUAUUUCAAACGAUUUCUGAACGAUUAGAAACUUUCAGAUCGUUGCAAAUUUUGGAAGCGUUGGAAGAUAAAAUGUCUUGGUGCACUUGCUUCGUUUCGUCCCUCAAAAUUAACAAUUCGAUUAAUUUUGGGAACUCGUAAUUUAAUGUAAAUAAUUUUGAGAAUAUUUUAAUUAACAAAGGUGAAAAUUUGCACAAUUAUAAAUAUUCCAUAAGGGAAACAAUUCGAUUUCUACUGAAACUUAAUAGAACGAUUGAAAUUCUUAAUUGACAACGAUUUUUAAAUUAAAUCGUAUGAAUGAAAGUUGAAAUAUAUUUAGUGAAAAAAUUCUCUGCGGUCGUUAAAACUGUGGAACGCAAGUGCACUGUGUUCUCUGAUCCUUCAACACCCCCACCCCCUCAAACACUUGGAGUAAUCGAUACUGUCAUAAAGCAGUUUUGCGAUGUACUUUGAAGAUAUGAAUUGUCUCGUUACCUCGUAUUGAACAAUCAACAAUUAGAAUAGAAAUACUCGGAGAAGAACACGAUUCGAACGAAACCUACACGAUAAAUGCAAUGCUAUUUUUCUACUACGUUGAAAUGAUAAAAUUUAAGACACUUUCUACGGUGGGACCAUUGCAUAUAAAUUGAAGAAAUAUUUUCCCUUAAGAAAAUUAAAUAGCAAUAGUCCUUGCGUAUUCAUAAUUAUUUUUCUACGUGGAACCGUAUAUUUUUCUACCCUAUUCUAUAAUAUAUACGAAUCGUAAAAAACAAGAACAUAUAUAUUAACCCUUUGAAGAAUCUGAAAUAAAUCAGAAUGAAAAUGUGGUUCAUCGUGGCAACAAAAUAGUUUGAAAACUAUAAUAAUUGUAAAUAAAUGUUCAUAUCUAUAUAAUAGAAAAUUUGGAAAGUAUUUAACGCUACCGUUGUCUCUGUUAAAGGUGGUGAAGUUUAACUCGUGCGAUAUUCGAAAUUGAGAAACUAUUUUGGCUAUUAAUUACGACAGUAAUUUGCAAUCUCUAAGAACAGACAAUUCUGGGGGUGAGAGGUGGGUUACAUAUAGAACACAAAAGAUCGUUCCUCAAGGAUAUUACCAUUUUCAGGGAACAAUAUAGUUCUAUAAUAAAUAGAUAUGAUCCUCAGUAUAAUCAAACUUUUCGAUUCUAGUCGUUAUCUAGUCAUUGUUCCUCGUGAAUGAAACGUUAAUCGAAUCUCAAAAAUAUGACCUCGUGUCACUAAAGAAUAUUUAAAAAGAAAAUACUUUGUCCGUUCAUAGAUAAUGUCACGUCCAAUCUAUUAAUUAAACCUUUUAAUUAAAUCGAAAAUGGUGCGAAGUGAAAUGUAUACCAAAAAAUGUAAGUUAACGAUAUUUAAAAAUAAUCCUUGCACCAUUUUCGCUUUUGAAUACUCUAACAGUUCAUCCAACGAGACGAGACAGUAAAUGUGUUUUUUAUUUAUACUUUGAACUGCGACGCGUUGAACAAUUUGUGAUUGUUUGGAGUUUCCAGUUUUGUUACCCCCUUUGUUUCCUGGGAUUGUGUGAAUCAACGUUCGCUGAUCGUUAAUCGAACACGCAAUACUUAUUAAUCUUUAAUAUCUUUCAAUGUCUUUAAGAAAUAAAACAGAAACAAAUUAAAUAAGUUGUAUCGUAAUUUAAGUACUCAGCAAAGUAUGUUAGAUACUAAUUCGUUUUCAAGAAUGUUGUUGGAAACUACAUGCCCUGUUUAGAGCUGUGGAGAAGUUUUUAAGGAAGUUAUAUAAUCAUUGCAUCGAUUAGCAAACGUUGAUCAAAAAAUGAUUUACACGAAAGUGUCUGGUUGAAAGUUCCUUCGCCUUUUGCUUGUUGAGUAUAAGCAGCUGCCCACGCGUUCUAAUAAAAGACAUCUACUUUAUACACAUGUACGCGAACACGAGAAUUAAUUGUAAUUGCUCUUUUCCACGAUCGAAAUAAAGCGUAUUCACGUUUAUCGAUGAAA